CAACCGGGCAGGGGAGCCGGAAGUACUGCGCUGAAGCCCAUUGAUAGCACUCGGGGGGGCUUGGUGAGCAGCAAGCGGCCGGUGCCGGACCGGAGAGGGGCGACUCCUCCGCGAAGAUCCCGCGUUGGCGAGAGGAGCCGUAAAGGGGAGCGACCCCCCCCCGCGCGUAGUCGCUGACCGACCUCUUUCCCCCGCCCCCCGGCGGAGCGGUGGCCCCUCGCAGCGCAUACACUUCCCGGCAAGGGGAAGAGCUGAACUUCCUGUGCCUUCUCGCCACGAAAGAGGUACCCACGGAGUGAAGACUUGGUCCCCCCAAGCCCGGCGAGCAGCGGGCACAGAAACUCCCCUGCUCUGUGGUGGGGAAAGCUGAACAGCCCCCUGCCUUGAAAGCCUGUGCCUGGGCGCGAGGAGAGUUGCGCAUGCCCAUCCCGCGCUGGCCUGCGGUGGGCAGAGCUGGGAACUUGCGUCCCAAGUGACUUGCAGUGGGCAGGAGCUGCUCUUUGCCAUUGUAAGAUUGUUGGGGAACAGUGGAUCCCCUGUCCAAAAAAAAUCCGGACUUCGUGUGCAACAUGAGCCCAACCAUCUCUUACAAGGACAGCAGCCGGCAGCGCCGGCCUGGCAGCUACCACCAGUCCAUGGACAUGGAGAUCAAGCCUCCACCACCAGCUCUGUACAUGGAUAAUCACACUGAAAGACUAGGAGAAGAUGACACAGAGGCACUGCUCCAGGAGCAUAACUCACCAUCCUACAUGGUGCCCCGGGGAUAUCGGGCAGAACUGGGUAGUAUCCUGCUCCUCCUUUUUCUCUAUGUACUACAGGGUAUCCCAUUGGGGCUGGCAGGCAGCAUCCCACUCAUCUUACAGAGCAAGAAUGUCAGCUAUAAGGACCAGGCUUUUUUCAGCUUUGUCUUUUGGCCUUUCAGUCUCAAGCUGCUCUGGGCCCCAUUGGUGGAUGCAGUCUAUUUCAAGAGCUUUGGCCGCCGCAAGUCCUGGCUUGUGCCCACUCAGUACAUCCUGGGGUUUUUUAUGAUGUACCUGUCCACACAGGUAGACUUCCUGUUAGGCGAUGUGGAGGGCAAGAGUCCUGAUGUGGUGGCCCUCACUGUGACUUUCUUUUUGUUUGAGUUCCUGGCCGCCACACAGGACAUUGCUGUGGAUGGCUGGGCACUGACUAUGUUGUCACGGGAAAAUGUGGGCUAUGCUUCCACUUGUAACUCUGUUGGCCAAACAGCUGGUUAUUUUUUGGGAAAUGUCUUGUUCUUGGCCCUUGAAUCUGCCUCCUUCUGUAACAAAUAUUUGCGGUUUCAACCUCAACCCAAAGGAAUUGUUACCCUUUCAGAUUUCCUAUUUUUCUGGGGAGCUGUCUUCUUAAUAACUACUACUUUAGUGGCCCUCUUGAAAAAGGAAAACAAGGAAGUAACACCAUCAAAAGAAGAAACAAAAGGCAUCACUGAUACAUACAAACUGCUCUUCUCGAUAGUAAGAAUGCCAGCAGUUCUUACUUUCUGUGUCCUGAUUUUAACAGCAAAAGUUGGCUUCUCAGCAGCGGAUGCAGUAACAGGACUUAAAUUGGUGGAAGAAGGAGUACCUAAAGAACACUUAGCUCUACUAGCUGUUCCAAUAGUACCUUUACAGAUAAUAUUGCCUCUGAUCAUCAGCAAAUACACAGCAGGUCCACAGCCACUGAACACAUUUUACAAAGCUAUGCCUUUUAGGUUACUGAUAGGCUUGGGAUUUGCUCUUUUGGUUUGGUGGACUCCUAAAGUACAACAUGAAGGAGGAUUUCCUAUCUAUUACUAUAUUGUGGUGUUGCUGAGUUAUGCUUUACAUCAGAUUACGUUGUACAGCAUGUAUGUUGCUAUAAUGGCUUUCAAUGCCAAAGUUAGUGAUCCACUGAUUGGAGGAACGUAUAUGACACUUCUAAAUACUGUGUCGAAUCUGGGAGGAAACUGGCCUGCCACGGUAGCUCUUUGGCUUGUUGAUCCACUUACAGUGAAAGAGUGUAUAGGCGCACAGGAACAGAGUUGUGGAACUACAGCUGCUGCAGAACUCUGUACAAAACUUGGUGGCUCUUGUGUUACGACCCUGGAUGGUUAUUAUGUAGAAUCCAUAAUAUGCGUUGCUCUGGGAUUUGUCUGGUGGUUCCUUCUUGGGCCAAAACUUAAAAAGCUGCAAGAUGAAGGACAAUCUUCAUGGAAAUGCAAGAGGACCAAUUGAUGUAAUUUAAAUACUGGAUGGAACUAGCAAGUCGUUAGAGCUUAGUUUUAGUGCAGAGACAUUUCAUACUCAUUAAACAGGAAUAUACAUAUUUUUAAAAUGCCAAAUGGUUGGGAAAACUAAGACCACUAAAAGUGGCAUUUGUGUAUGUAAUACCAUUUGCUCUGUGUGAAAAUCUAGUUAAGGUCAGAAAAGUAAUUCUCAAAAAUGGCAAGUUUGUACUACACAUUUAUGUCCUCUAGCUUCAGAGUCAUGGCUGCCUUUAUCUGUUUAGACCAGCAACACUUAAAUUGCAGUGCAGUAGCUAUAGAGGAGCAAACUGUUCCAUAUGUAUAUAUCAAAAUCAGCAUUUUCAGCUAAGUUGUGUUCUCUUUUUAAAAAAAGAAAGUUAAGCAGAAACAAUUUUGGCUUGAUCAAUUAACAAGUUGGCCUUGGGAGUGCUGUAAUUUAAAAGAAUAUUUAAUUUGUAAACUAAGCAUAUAUAAAAUAGCAGUGAUUGAGGAAGAGUAAAUGUAGAACACACAUGUCAUUUUCUUAUCACUUUCCUGACCACAACCACACUUCAAUGGUUGAAACAGUGUGUUUAAAAGCCUCUUUUAAAUGUAUUUUCUGGCUUUUAUAAGCUUUAAAGAUUUAUAAGAAACAAUAUUUUUUUAUAGAUUUGAAAGGUUUUUAAUUUAUUGUCUCUUGUUUCAAGGCACUUUGUUUCAAAAAGUAGAUCAGUUUUUUUUUUUUUUUUGCAGUAAAAGUAGUAUGAGGUGGGAUUUAUGUGAUGAGUGCUGCACAGUGCCCUUAGUAAGCCUUGAGUGUUGAAGGGUCAGAUCGAGUGUUGAAGCUUUUGUGUGUUAAAGGCUAAGCUUCAAAAUAAUAAAAGCUGGCAUAAUCCUUACUGGGUUCUGUUCGCAUUUGUGAGGGAGAAAUGUGACUGGCUGUGUAGUUCUUGUAUUACGUGAGAAUUGGAACAUACAGAUUAAAAAAUGAGUGAGAAGUCAUAAACAUUUAUGUAUAGUCUAAAGAGAAGGGUGAACAAAAGACAUUCAGUGCCUUUGAAAGAUGUAGUCUGUGGUGAUGAUAAAAUUGCUCAUUACAGCACAUUAACCGGUUAAGAAAUAGGUUGUAACUAACUGUACAAACAUCAUCUAUAACAAUUCCUUCAAAAAUUCAUAAACUGGUACUUUCUAAUUGAGAUUUGCUUGCUACAUUCAUUAUCAGCAGAUGAAUUAGUUUCUUGAGUGCCUUAGUUAUGCACAGCGUGCUGUAUAUCCAAUGAAAAGGCACUUGUGUAUUUUGUCGGAGGUAUGUUAUACAUCAUUACUUCAAUUGAAUAAUAUUAAAAAUACCUUUUUAAAGGUGAUAGGUUAAUAUCUGAUUCUCUAUAAUACUCAAUUAAAUAUCAGAUGUUCCACCUGUCUUGUGUGCUUUUAAUAUUUUUAAAGAAAAUAAUUUUUUUGCUGACAUAAAUUAACAUUAAUUCUUGAUUCUAAUUGAAUUAGGAUUAAACAUAAUGGUAGGGUUUUUAUUCAGGUCUGGGGAGUAAAAGAUUAUUGGUAACAGUUGGGAGAGAAGGGUGGGUGGGUUGGUUGGUUUGUUUGAGUACCAAAGAUUGCUCCCCUACCUCCUUCCACCCUCACCCACAAUAAAAAAAUAAGCUUGCAUUUGGCUGGAUGUCAUCAGAGAACACAAGUGCAGAAUUGAGAUAUAGCUGGAGUUCUGAACUCCAGUUUCCUCUUGCUGCAGUGUGUUGGUCCAAUUUAACAAUAGCAUAUUAUCUGUAUCUUAAUUCUCUUAAAAUAACUGAUUAAGAAAUCAAGCCUACUGACUUGAAUAUAAAAGCACAGCUCUCGCAUGAAAUAUUUUCAUUUUCCAAAAUCUUUAAGAUAAAGUUUAAAUUAUUUGGGUUAAUUUAAAUCCAUUGCUGUCUGCUGGAUAAGUGCAAACAGAACAUACUGCCAGCUUUAGUAGCAUAGAAAAGCAGUUGUCAGUUUUCAGCCAUGACCAAAAGUCCUCUAAUGGCUUGAAUAUGGCUUUUACUUUUUGCCUGCUUUUGCAAAAACUUAUGGACUGCAGAAUAUAUACAACUAAAUGCAGACAUUUUUCCAGUUGGCCCUCCUUUUGCAAUUCUGUAUUACUGUUUUUACAUGUGCCAAGAUGAUUUAUUAAUAAAAUAUUUUGUAUUUGAAGUAGCUUAAUCAUCAGAGCAACUUUGCAAUUUCUAAAUAAAACCUAAAACCAAAAUCAAUAGUAAAACAAAGUAAUGUAUUUGAAAUGUACUUUCUUUAGGUAAAAGACAUAGUUUAAUAACUACUUUCAAUGUCUGGUCUGUCAAAUGAAGGAAUAUCUUGUGCUGUGUUUUAACAUAGCUUAAAUUGGAAAUGCUGCAGUUAUAACGUUUGAGUGGCAGAUUGCUAAAUGAUCCUGUUAAUGGUACAUGCUUUCUCUCUCAUAAAGAGGAAUACAUCUAGAUGUGCACAGAUUUCAACUGGCAUGAUGAGAAAACUUACUACUUAAUAUUUAAAUGGGAAAUUGGAGAAAGUGAAGGACAUUCUAGGUACUAUUAUGUGGAAACAUUGCAUAAUGUAAAUGGGUAAAUAUAUUGCCUCUUAGUCAAUAGAUGUUUUAUGGCACCAAGUAAAUAAACUUUUUCCCCCAGUAUACCUAGGGAGCAUCAUGACUAGUGAUCUUUGGACAUGGGCACAUCUAACUCAUUAGUCUGAAUCUAGUUCUGGAUUGAAGUGAUCAGAAGUCAUUAUCAUUUAUCGUCUAUAAUAAGGAUAUCAGCCAAAUAAGUUGGUGUUCUCAGACCCUUUCUUAGUAGGUAGGUGGUCUUGUCAUAAAUAUCAAGCACUCUUGUUUGGCAGUCACAGCAAAGAGCUGAAGGAUUGAUGGGCCAUGUAAACUGAAGUUAUCUGCUUUGUUUCUAGAUAUCUCUCCAGAACAGCGUUGAGGUGCAUUGGUUGGGCAGCGUGGGAAUGUUCUUGUAUCCAUUUUGUAAAGAGAUUUUUUUAUUAUUAUUAUAAUAAUGCUGUCAGUCCAAUACCCUUUCACAAGCAUUUAAACUUUUUCCUCUUUUUAAAUUAACAAUUAGUGUCUCAAGUUGCUUAGAAAUACUUUAUUCUUAACUAGAACUCAAGUAGAUUAGGGCUAUUCCCAACUUUUGUCAUCUACCAAUAAUAGCGAGUUUUCUGCAAAGUUGUAAUAUUUCAUUGUAGUUUUGUGAAAUUACAUUAAAAGCUACCUGAAAACAAACACCCCCGUGAUCUGAAAUAUGGUAUAAAUAUAUAACUGACUGAUAAAGGAUGGUGUAGAGAUCUCGAGUCUUGAUAAAACAGAACAGGGAGAUGUUAGACUGGGGUUUCUCAAUUUUUAUGAGCCAGGCCCCCUCCGCCCCCCAACUUUUUUAAUAUUGAAGCCUCGCUUCACAAAAUGGGAUUUUCUAAUAUAAUCAGGAUGGAACUGGAGCUAUUAAUAUAUUGAUUCUAAUAAAGGAGAUGCUACUUUACAUAAAUCAGACAGCAAGAUCAACAGACUAAUUGUGCAUAGGCUAGGAAACCUUGUAAAAGCCUUAACCUUAAUACCCAGGGCAGUAUUUCUCAAUGUCAGCAUCGAAGAGUGCUAAUGGGCGCUGCAACCCUGUGUGCCAGGUCACAAUGCGACUUGUUCAAAUUUGGCCCCCAGAUGACUUUCUGUCAUGAUGGAGGGGUGGCCAACCCGAAUUUGAGUGGCUGCAAUCCUGUGUGUCAGGUCACAAUGUUGCUCACUCAUGUCGUCAUAAUGCCACUCAUUCAAAUUUGGCCUGGCCCUCCCUCAGGAUUGAGGGGUGGCCAAGCAAAAUUUGAGUGAGUGGCACUGUGAAUGAGUAAGAAGACUUGCUGCUGGCCCCACCCCUAUGUUGAGAACUGCUGUUACACUGCCUAUGUAACAGAAUGGAUCUUAUUGCAUUAAUCCAACCAACUUUUUAGGAUUCAAUCCUGCAAGGUGCUGAGCACCUUCAACCCCCAUUUGAAGACUAGGAGUUGAGGGUUUGCAGCAUCUUGCACGAAUACUCAGAAUCUUGCAGGACCCGUCAAUUUUGCACAUUAUCUAAAGCUAUGGCAAAGAGAUGCUUUGAAGGCUGUCUGUACAUGGUUGGGUGUGUGAUAUUUUAUAAUUUAUUAAAUAUUGUUCUGAUAUAAGUAUCUACCUUGUAAUUCUAUCAUGAAAAAUCCAGGUUUAGAGGAUUUAUAUUUUGUGAACUCAGCUUGAUUUUUUUUCCACUACAAGUUAAUUGAAAUGUUGUAAAAUGUUCAAAUUUAAUACAAAUUUCAAAGAACAUUUUUUCCAGUGAAAAUCCUAUAAUACAUGGUAACUUCUAGUUCAUGUUACUAGAUCUAAGAGGCUGAAAUCCAUUGUGUGAAACAUUUUAAAUUUGAACCUUCUACAUAGCAUUAAAAGGUUCUUGAUACAGGAACAUGAACACUUUUUUUUUAUUGUUGCCUUGGUUUAUAAGUUUGACUGAACUCUGUACUGUAUCUGAAAUGUCAGGACCAUAUUGGUAUUGUCUAAUGUACUGAUUUUUUCUGAAGAAGCCUACAACUAGUAAUUUGAGAUAAAGAACUGUAAGAUAUAAAAGUGGACCAUUAGUGGGUUAUGAUUACUUCUGUACUGUUUACACAAUUCUUAAUGAAAGCUGGUAGAAUGUACUGCAUAAAUGAACCUCUUCAAAUUUAGCACUGGGGAGACACAAUUUCAGCAGUUGGCUGAUAUCCAGGAACUCUGGUUAAGAAUGAAUUUAUUAUGAAAUUCAGUUACUGUUGAAUUAUUAUUGCGAAAACAAUAAUAUAUGUGUAUGCUGGAAUAUUUCAAGAAACAUGUUUUUCUAUUAAGUGUACUGUCCUGGAGAUACAUGUUGUUAAAUGGGGAGAUUUAAUAAUUCUAUGUAGUUUGCUUAUGAUACAAGAGAAAUAAAACACACACUACUAUUUUAAAUUAUUGUUUAAAGUAAAUUAAAGUGAAUAUUAAUCUUGUUAAACUGGAACAAAAUUACAUUGGAACCAUAACUAAGAUGCCCAGGGACCACUGCAAAUGGCUGAUUUUAUUUAAAGUUACCUCCAAAUCAAUUUUGCUAAAAUGGAAAAACUAUUGUUUUAAAAAAUAUUUUUGUUAAAGGAUUUAUUUUUGUUUGUAAUGCUGUAGCUAUGUUGGUCCCAGGAUAUGAGAGAGACAAGGUGGAUGAGGUAAUAUCUUUUCCUGGAUCAACUUCUGCUGGUGGAAGGGACGAGCUUUUGAGUAUCAGAGUUCUUCAACCUGAGGAAGAGCUCUGUGAAACUUGAAAGCUUGUCCCUUUCACCAACAGAAGUUGGUCCAGGAAAAGAUAUUACCUCACCCACCUUGUGUCUCUGAGUUUAUGAUGUCUGGUCUGGGACUCUUAAAAUUUGUUCACAAGACACCAGAUGGUUACUUCCUUGCUCAUCAUUAAAAUACGAAUUUAUGGAAACUUUA